AUGGAUCCGAACAUUGCUCAGUAUUUGCUUGCCAUGCUAAACGCUGGAAGCCUCUUUGGACGCUUGAUUGCCGGUGCGUUAGCUGAUACAUUGGGGGCGUACAAUAUUUUUACGUUCGUAUGCUACUUAUCAGGAAUCCUGGUCCUCGCUCUCUGGAUCCCUGGUACUGGGAAUGCAGCUGUAAUAGCCUUUGCAGUCAUUUUCGGUUUCACAUCCGGUGCCUAUGCCUCGCUGAUUGCGAAUCUGAUCGUCAAGAUUUCACCCAACUUCAAAGUAAUCGGAUACCGCACGGGGCUCGCAUUUUUAUUUGGCUCUAUCGGUGGAUUGACAACCAACCCAAUUGCGGGUGCCAUACUACAAAAUUCGAAUGGAUCGUAUGUUGGGAUGAAGAUAUUUUCUGGCGUCUUUAUUAUGAGUGGAACGACACUUGUCUUUGCUGCUAGGUUGCACCGAACUGGGCCCAAGCUGGUGGGCAAAUUUUGA